UGGGGCCAGGAUAAUGGAAUGGCAAUUUCCAAGGUGUCGAGUUGGCAUUCACCACAUGAAAGGACGUCUCACCGCACGGACCAUUCAACACGCCAAGAAGUGACAGCUUCCCGACUUCAAGCCUCGGCUCAGAUGGGCAACUCCAACUCCCGUUGUUCGAACUCGAAUACAGCAAUGCUCCCCAGCAUUCACUACACGCUCGACACGCCGCCAUGGAGUUCAUGUCGAGUCUCCAGAGUGGCCUGGACGAGCUGAAACCAUCCCUCUUCGAACUCCUCUCGGAACAGCAACUGGCUGCACUCCUUCCUCCCUCCCUCCGCUACAUCCUCGCCGUUUCCACGCACCGCUAUCCCCGCUACCUCCUCCCGAUCCUCAACUCUUUCGAUGAAGUUUACGCACUUCUUAUGCUCCUGGUUGAGCGCCACUUUUUGAAGACAUAUGGAGGUUCAUUCACAGAGAACUUCUACGGUUUGAAGCGAGCGCGAGUUCUUCGGACCAAGAAUGAGGAAAUACCAAGGGCACAGUUAGGAGCUUCGGACUCUGUCAGGGAAGCAGUGCAGCUGAAAAGUGCCGAUGUAUGGCGUAAUUUGGCCGUAUUAGUGGGACUUCCAUACAUCAAGCGGAAGCUGGACGAGAGCUACGAUAUCCACGCAGCGCAUGCGAAUAUCCUUGGCGCGGGCUACAAUCGCGACCGAGAUGGGUUGAGGCCAGGAGCAAGCGUCAAAGAGCGGUUGAUGUUUUAUUACAAGUGGUUCCUGCGGAAAGUGUAUCCCAGUGUUAACGCAGCAUACUACUUCUCGAUGCUGGUGUUUAACAUGGCCUAUCUAUUCGAUGGCUCAAAAUACCACUCCCCCUUCUUAUGGCUUAUUGGAACACGGAUAAGGAGAUUAGGAGAGGCAGACCACAAGGCUAUUGAAAUAGCAACUCAGCCGGCCAAAUUAGGACCGGCCAGACCAGGCGAGGGUGGCUCGAUCUUCAGCCCGAGAAAUAUGGCAAGAAGUGUAUACCCACGGUUACUCUCGUCGCUACGCAUUCUUCUACCGACGAGCAUAUUUGCACUCAAGUUCUUGGAAUGGUGGCACGCGUCCGAUUUCGCGCGCCAGCUUUCGCGACGGGCAGCAGAGAAUAUCGAGCUCCCACCGCCCGUGCUACCGAACCUUCUCCAUAUGUCCAGGAAAACCUCCAAAGCACAGCCUAAAUCCGCCGGGGUAGAAGAUAAACGCCUUACUGCCUCUGAGAAGCUGCAGAAACCGGAGCCGCCCAUCUCUUCCAUUACUCUCCUCCCUAUUCUCACCGUCCCGUAUCCGACACCUUCGACAUCCCACCUCUGCCCGAUUUGUGGGAACACCAUUACAACACCUACCGCAUCACCGACUGGCUUCGUAUACUGCUACACUUGUAUUCACCACUGGGUCGAAGGCACUCAUGACCGCCAGGUAGCGUUCAUGGAGGGCGCCGCAGCCUUCAAGCGAGAAGAUGCCGAGGGAGACGAGGAGGAAGAAGACGGUUGGGAGAAAGAAGAAGGUAGUCGGGAGGGCCGCUGGGAGUCAGGGAAAGGCAGAGAUGCAGUGACUGGCAGGAGAGUGCUUGGAGGAACUGAAGCUUUGAGGAGAGUGGUCGUGUAAGGAGGAACCACUGUGAUCCUUCAGUUUCAGGUCAAAUCUUUGUACGAAAACUACGACGCCGUACUAAUAAGCAUUGUGGGUAUUGUUAGGG